UAUUAUUGAAAGCAUGGAGGUCACAGGAGCUACACAGAUACCCGCCAUCUCAGAACUUGCAGCAAAGGCAAAAAAGGCCUUCGUUGACAAAUUUGGGUGUGAACCACAAUGUGCAGCUUAUGCCCCGGGGAGGGUCAACCUCAUCGGGGAACACACCGACUACAACGAGGGAUUUGUAUUCCCCAUGGCACUUCCACAAGUAACUGUUUUUGUUGGAAGAAAGUCAGAAGGGAAUGUCUGCCGUGUUCUCACUCUUGCGGACUCAGUUGAUGCUCCCAAUUAUGUGGAAUUCCCAGUCCCUUCAGCUGAGACGCCCUUAAAGCCCGGUACACCAAAGUGGGCAAACUACGUCAAGGGGGUUGUGGCAAAUUACAAAGGAAAAGUUGUCCCAUUUGAUGCGGUUGUGAUUUCCUCUGUACCUCUAGGAGGGGGCGUGUCUAGCUCCGCCUCUCUAGAAGUAGCCACUUAUACUUUUCUGGACGUCCUCACUAAUGGUGGAGGGGAUGUAUCCAAGAAAGACAAGGCCCUGGCUUGUCAGAAAGCAGAGCACGACUUUGCAGGGAUGCCUUGUGGAAUUAUGGACCAGUUCAUCUCUGUCAUGGGACAAGAGGGUCAUGCUCUUCUUAUAGAUUGCAGGUCAAUGGAAGGUCAACUGGUUCCCAUGAAUGACCCAAAUGUGGUUGUCUUGGUAACCAAUUCAAAUGUGAAGCAUGAAUUAACCGGUUCUGAAUAUCCGACCAGGAAGAAGCAGUGCGAAGUGGCAGCCCAGCUGAUGGGCAAGAAAAGCCUGAGGGAGGCCACCAUGAAGGAUUUAGAAGAAAUGAAAAGUAAACUAGAUGAUGUGACAUACAAGAGAGCCCGCCAUGUAAUAGGGGAGAUAAUUCGAACAGAAGAGGCAGCUAAAUGUUUGGAGCUCGGAGAUUACACUAGAUUUGGAAAACUCAUGGUGGAGAGUCACAAUGCAUUGCGAGAUGACUAUGAGGUAUCUUGUCCAGAGCUUGACGAGCUGGUUUCAGCAGCCAUGGAGGUAGAUGGGGUGUAUGGAUCCAGAAUGACGGGGGGUGGAUUCGGGGGGUGCACCGUUACUCUGCUGAAGAAGGAAGCAGUGGAGAAAGCCAUCCAGCAUAUACAGAAGCGCUACAGUCAAACAGCGACAUUCUAUGUGUGUCCCCCAGCAUCGGGAGCCGCCCCCCUGUCCCUAGCCUGAGGUCACUCUGUGUUCUGUAGCUGGAGAUUCCAUCGUUCAUCAACUUGGGCAGGAAUUAUUUAUUUGACAGAAAUUUGGGAUUACUUUGUUAUGCUAGCCAUAGUGUAUUGAUUUCUACAACUUCUUGUGAUUAAUACAAGUGUAUUUCCUGAAUCUCAUGUGUAAAAUAGUAGGUUUUAUUUAUAUAGUAUAGUACAUGUAUAUAAAAAUGAAUAUUAGUAUCUUGAACACUGACAUCUUGAAUACCAUGGAUAUUUCAAAGUGAUGUGAAAGUCCAAACCAGUUAUUCUUGGAGUAUUCUACCCCUGAUAGGCUAAUACAUGUAUAUGUAAUACUCAAAUAUCUUGGAAGUUUUUCUUGGUCCCAUUGAGUUUGAAAUAAGUUUUGACUGUAUAUAUGACUUGGACUGGUACAUGUAACUCGUAUAUUAAAUUAGAUUCAAAUAUCUGAGCGACACUGUUUGACAUGAUAUAUCCUGCAGUGACUUUAUAUAAAAUGUAAAGAUAAACUUUGAUUCAAAAAUAUUUAUUUAAACAUUUUAAUUUUCAUUGAAAUUUAUUCUGGCAUUUUUUUUCUUGUACCUAUGUGUGCACAAAUACAUGUUCUUCUGUAUUUAUUUACAAAUUCUUAAUAAUUAUGGAGGUUAAAAAAGCAGUUUAUGUUACUUAAUGUUAUAAAACGUAGUAAUUUUCUGUAUAAUGGACUUCCACACACAAUAUGUCUGUCUUUCAUUUUAUUGUUAAGAAAUGUUCCAUAUGAUAAGAAUCUCUUGAUUAAUGAGUACAUUUUAGAAUGUAUUACAUUACAAUUUGAAGUGUAGAUUGUAUAUGAGGGAUCCUGUAUUUGGCUAGGCAAUAAAUGACCGGUAUGCAAAA